AUGAGCAACACUAAAAUUUUAGAAUUACAAACAAAGUCUAAAUUUAAUGAAACACAUAUUGAAAAUGUAUUAGUAGGAUUGAGAUUAAGACCUACAGAGACAAAUGAUAAAAUAUGUAAUAUUAUCAAUGAAAAAUCAGUCAUAGUGAAAAAAUCAAAUGAGCGCUUUUCUUUUGAUAAUGUAUAAAAAUAUUCAAUGAAUUAUAGGUAUUUGAUGAAUCAGCAUCUUCAAAGGAUAUUUUCACCAAAAUGGUUUAACCAAUUGUGUAAAAAUGUCUUUAAGGAUAUAAUGGCUCUAUUUGUGCUUAUGGAUAAACAAGUUCAGGAAAAACAUACACUAUGAAAGGUAGUAAUAGAGAACCAGGACUUAUAUAAUUAUCAAUUGAUUAUCUGCUCUAAUCGAUAAAUCAAGUUUAAAUUUAUAAUAAUUAUUUAGAUAACUGAUAUAUAUUGUAAUUUGAAGAUUUCAUACAUAGAAAUUUAUAAUGAAAAUAUUUAUGAUCUCUUAAUUAAAGAUCUAUAAGAAAUGAAACCUAACACAUCUAAUGAAUUUAAAUGGGAAACAAUUAAUUCUUUAAAUUAGUUUGAAGAAAUUUUGUAUUUAAAAUUAAUUUAUUUUUUUAAGUAAAUUAGGUGAAGAAUAAAGACAUUUUGGAGAAACUAAAAUGAAUGAUAAUUCUUCUAGAUCUCAUGUAGUAUUAUAAAUUAGUAUUGAAACAAGAUAGAAAUCUCCUCCUUUUAUAAUUCGUAACUCUCAUCUUCAUUUGGUUGAUUUAGCAGGAUCUGAAGGAUUAUCUAAGACUUAGGCUGAAGGUUUAAGAAGAAAAGAAGGAUUCUUAAUUAAUAAAAGUUUAUUAGCACUUUAAAAUGUUGUAUCUAAAUUAAAAGAAAAUAAAAAAGAUUAAUAUGUCAAUUUUAGAGAUUCUAAAUUAACUAAAAUACUAAAACCAAGUUUAAAUGGUAAUUCUUUAACUGUUAUGCUGUUAACUAUUAGUUAAAAUAAUGAAAAUUAUUUAGAAUCUAUUAAUACUAUGAGAUUUGGAAUGUCUGCAGGUGCAUUAAAAAAUACUGUCAAUGUUAAUGAAAUUUAAGAAUCUAACAAUUUUUAAAAUGAAGCAUAUAAUGAAAUGAUUGAAUAGAUUGAAAACUAUUCAACUUAAUUAUAAGAAACAUAAACAUAAUUAGAAUUUUAUAAAAAUUAAAGUUUGGAAGAAUAAAAUACAAUUAAGUAAAUUAAAGAAUUAGUUAUCGAAAAGAAUAUAUUAAUAGAGGAAUAAUUAAAAACUAUUACUGAAUUAAAUUUUGAAAAAUAACGUCUCUAAGAUUAAAUUAAUUAAUUGCAAAGAUGUAAUUAAGAAUUAAUUUCUACAUCAAAUGAAAAUUCUAAUUAUUUGAAUUAUUUUAGAAAUAUUGUUGAAACUAAAGGAGUCUUAAAUCCAAAACUAAUGGUUGAAUGUAUAACUUAAACAGAUAGUUGUGAAGCUGAUUAAUAAAUUAAAGUUUUGGAAUAAGAAAAUAUUUCUCUGAAAUAAUAGGUUGAAGAAAUGAAGAAUAAAUUUUCAUAUGAAAUUUAAGAUGUCAAAGAUCUAGUAUCAGGAAUAAAAAAAAAUAAAGAAUUUACACCUGCAAAGAAAUUAAAAUUCUAAUCAAAUAAAGAAUAGGAUAUUUAGAAUGAAAAUUAAAAAGAAACAAAAACUUGGUUAUAAAAAAGUCUUUAAAAAACUAAUUAAUAUUUGGAAACAUUGACUCUUUUAAGUAAUAUAUUAUAAAAAAUAUAAUUAGCUACACUUUAAACUUAAUUAAUUGAAUAAACAAAAUAGAAUAUGAUUUUACGUAAUUUUUUAGAUAAAAAAGAAUAAGAAUAUACUGAAUUGGAAAGGGCAAAUUUUGUAUUACAUAAAUCAAUUUUUGAUUUAUAAGAAAAGUUAAGUGAAAUUUAGAAUGAUGAUAAAAAAGAGAAGUAAUAAAUGAUUAAAACAAAUAUAGUGUAUGGAAAAUGAAUUCAGAAAAAUCAAAUAAAUAAGAAUCUUUGAUAAAAAAAAGAUAGAGACUAUAUUAAAGUCCUACUAAGGAUGAACUUAAGAGAAAUUUAUUUAGAUAAGAAUAAAGAAAUCAGAUUUAUGAGAAAGAAUUGAAUAAAUAUAUGAAGAAUUUGGAUUAAAGUAUCAUUUAUUAAAUUUAUUGUAGUAUCAAAAUAAAAAUAAGAACUUUAAUAAUUUUCUCAUCAUUUAUAUAUGGCUUGUAUUGAGAACAAUAUUUAAAUAUGA